UUCGUGCUUUUAAUUUGUAGAUAAGAUUGGGACACAGCCGACAUCGCACCUUUUGACUGGCAUGUCAACGAAAUACUGCUCUCCUCAAUGAUCAACCUUCUUUUACGAGUUUUUUUUUAAUCUGAAUGCUAUAAAAAAGGGUAGCUUUCCUCCAAUUCCAUCAAGAAAUUGCAAGUUUAGUAGCAAUUUCAUACUCAUUUAAUCAUCAAUGGCUUCGUUUCGACUUGUGUUCUUGCUCUUACUCUGCUUCUGUUCUGCGGCAUUUGCAGAGCUCAUCACUUCCUACUGUAGUGAUAAUACAACAAUUGCAAGCGCUCAAAUGUCAGCAAACAUAGAUGUUGUUUUGCGUCAACUAGCCAAAAACACGGCUAAAAAUGAUGGGUUCAGCAUUGCCACUUAUGGCCAAGGUAAAGACACAGUUUACGGGUUGGGACAAUGCAGAAAGGACAUAAAUUCUUCUGCUUGUUCCACCUGCAUUCACGAUGCGGCCAGCUACAUUCGUCAGAGUUGCUAUUACGAAAAUAAUGGCACCGAUGAAAGGAUUUAUUACGAUAAUUGCCUUUUGAGGUAUUCGGAUCAGAAAUUCUUCGGAAUAUUUGAUCCGUCUGUGGUGAUGAACUUCUACUCUUCUAUCAAGCCCAGAGAUCAGGAUUUCUUCAGGGUACAACUUGAGACCCUGAUGAAUUUUGUCAUUUCAUUUGCUGUUAUGCCGCAAAACAAAGGAUUUAUGAAAGGGAGUACUGCAGUGUCUUCUUCUGUGGAUAUUUAUGGGAUUGCUCAGUGCACUCAGGACUUAUCUACCAGUUCUUGCCAGACCUGUCUGAAAACAGGGUUUGCUAACUUCGACAAACUCUGCAGGAAGCAGAAAACCGUAGGAUGUCGGGUUCAAUAUGGCGGCUGCUAUCUUCGCUAUGAUACCGAUCCGUUUUAAUCUAUCAAAUUCAUAUACAGUUCAGAAUUUCAGAUACCUUAAAAUAAUGCCAAAGGACUAAAUGUUUGUUGGAAACUCAACUCAUUUAUGCACCUUUUAGUAAAAGGGCAGAGGAUUAGUUUCUAUCUCAAAAUGUAGUCUUAUCACUCAUAUGUAUGAUGUUUGAGUUCCAUUGUCUGGAAUCACCUGAUCCCUCUCUACUGUUUAGUUGGAGAAGAAUAAUCAAUAAAGUUGCUUGCAAUUCACGAAAAACUGCUGCUAUUUUUCUGUAAUUUUGACCAUCUUCAUCAAUCAAUUUUGUUGACUGCGAU